GAUUCAGCGACACUUUCCGAGAUCCAUUCGCGAUGCGAGAGUAUCGGCUGCAUUGCUUUCAAGCUUCCUCCUUUCGGUUCACUCGCCGGUAAAGCUUUGAAACAUUGCUUGGAUGAGUUGAGUCGCUUGUUCGACAAGCAUAGUCCGCUGAUUUUCAAAAUCGGCUGGACGCAUGAUGCAGCCUGGCGGUGGGCAAACGAUCUGUAUGGCUACGCGCGCAGUAUUGAUAAAUGGACGAAUAUGGAUAUUCUUUACAUCGCUAAGGAGCCCUUCAGUCCUGCCAUGCUCGAAGCAGCUUUGAUCGAGAAAUAUCAAAGAAGAGAGGGCUGCAGAAACGUGCAGGCUGGUGGGGAGACGACGCGAGUUCCGUCUUGUGGACCAGACGACCAUUAUAUGACAUAUGUCGUGUACAGAUCUUUCAAGUAUCCUCCUCACAGGAGGCCCUGA